UGAAACGGAACAGUCCUCCAACUGCCGGGUCUGCGCUGUGGUCGCCGGCUGCUGACGUGGGCCGGCCAGCGUGGGGUGCCGUGGGGACGGGUCGCUAUGGCGGUGGACAUCACGCUGCUGUUUCGGGCUAGCGUCAAGACCGUGAAGACGCGGAACAAGGCUCUGGGUGUGGCGGUGGGCGGUGGGAUCGAUGGCAACCGGGACGAGCUGUUCCGCCGGAGCCCCCGGCCCAAGGGCGACUUCUCCAGCCGGGCCCGAGAAGUGAUUUCUCACAUUGGCAAACUGAAAGAUUUUCUUCUGGAGCACAGAAAAGAUUAUAUUAAUGCUUAUAGCCAUAUCAUGUCUGAAUAUGGAGGGAUGACAGACACAGAGCGAGACCAGAUUGACCAGGACGCUCAGAUAUUCAUGAGGACCUGUUCAGAAGCAAUUCAGCAACUCAGAACAGAAGCCCACAAGGAGAUACAUUCCCAGCAAGUGAAGGAGCACCGGACCGCUGUUCUGGAUUUCAUUGAAGAUUACUUAAAAAGAGUGUGCAAGCUUUACUCAGAGCAGAGAGCCAUCCGGGUGAAGCGCGUGGUGGAAAAGAAGCGCCUAUCUAAGCUGGAACCAGAACCAAGUGCAAAGGCAAGAGAAUCUGCAUCUUCUGAGCAAGUUUCAGAGACCCCUUCCAAGGACUCAGAAGAGAAGCCUGCCACUAAGGCACAUCCAGAAAAGACCGAGGCCAACAUGCGACCUGAACUGGGAGCCUCGGGAGACAGCAAAGGUGAAGAUGAGUUAUCCCCUGAAGAAAUACAAAUGUUUGAGCAAGAAAACCAGCGACUCAUUGGGGAGAUGAACAGCCUGUUUGACGAAGUGAGGCAAAUCGAAGGAAAAGUGGUUGAAAUCUCCAGGCUGCAAGAGAUAUUCACAGAAAAAGUUUUACAACAGGAAGCCGAGAUCGACAGCAUCCACCAGUUGGUUGUCGGGGCAACUGAGAACAUCAAGGAGGGCAACGAGGACAUCCGAGAGGCCAUCAAAAACAACGCAGGCUUCCGCGUGUGGAUCCUCUUCUUCCUGGUGAUGUGCUCCUUCUCCCUGCUCUUCCUCGACUGGUACGACAGCUAGCGGCUCGGGCCGAGCGCCAGGCCUGCCGUGUGCCUGUGGGCCGGCACCUGGCACGGCACGGCCAGGCUUACUCACUGCGCGCAAGGAGCGGCGCAAGUGAGACAGACGCGUGCUUAACAAAAGGGCACCCAGGCAGUUGGCGGCCAGAGAGAACGUACCGAACUGGAAGGGGUCCAUGCCCCGUCCCGGGCCAGAGGAAGUCCUGCCCCUGCCCACCCCAGCAGCUGCCCCGGAGGCCGUGCCCGGUGACACCACUCAGACGCUGGGUCCGUUUCCUCGCGGCUUCCUGUCAGGCUGAGCCGGCUGCUACACAGUCACGGCGCAACAGAAAGGAAAACCCGCACUCUCCUCGGCUCAUCGACACUACCCAGCCACCCAGUGUCGGUGAGUCCGAGACGCCACGGCUGCUGCACCGACAGCGACGCGAGGGCAGGCUGGGGAUGGGCACUGCUCUGGGAGCGGGGUCCAGGCUAGGAAGUAGGCCACCGAGGGGAGGGCCCGCUGCCCCGCGGCUGUGCCACUGCUCUGGGGGAGACACCCGAGGCGUGCGUGCGGACAGACAUUCUCUCGGGCGGCACGGUACCCUUCAGUUCUUUAUUUGCAGAGUGAAAUGUCAGAAGUUAUUGCAGUCAAUUUACAGUCAAUAAAGUACACAUCUACUGGGAAACAAA